AAAAUUUUCGUUUGCUGAAAGUCUUCGCCCUUCGGUCACUUACUUGUCUGUUGGGCUUAGUAGAGCUGCUAGAGAAACGGAUACGCUUUUAGUUAAAUUUUGCAAUUAAUUGUUCUCAGAAAUUAACUAUUCGUCAUUUCUCCCUUUGUGAAAGUUUGUAGUAAUCCGUUAAAUAUAAAUUGACUCCAAAUAGUGCGUUAAAAUGUCUCACCAAACCGGAAUCAAAGCGAACGCAGAACUGCUCAAAUUUUUUGGAAAAUGCAAGGACGAUAAAACACGAGUUCUAAAGGUUUCAAUCGAGAAUGAGGAACUUACAUUGGUCGAUCACAAGGGUGUAAAAAAAGACUGGGAGAAAGACUAUGAUGUGCUGGUGAAACCACUGAUUGAAGACGAUGUCCCCUGUUAUAUUCUGUACCGACUUGACUACAAAAUUCCUACUGGUUACGCAUGGCUUCUACUAAGCUGGGUACCAGAAGCAGCUACCGUAAGACAGAAAAUGCUGUACGCUUCAACAAAGGCGACGUUGAAGUUAGAGUUCGGAUCCGGACACAUCAAGGAAGAACUUAAUGCGACCAGCAAAGACGAAACGACGCUUCAUGGAUAUCAGAAGCACAAGAUUGAUUUCAGUUCACCUGCGCCGCUGACGAGUCGCGAAGAAGAGUUAGCAGAGAUUAGGAAGAGUGAAAUAAAAACUGAAUUUGCGAUCGACACUAAGCAGCAAACACUCGGGGGGAUUAAUUGUCCCAUUUCGGAUCCAACUGCUCAAGCUUUGCAUGAUAUGCGACGAGGUGCAUACAAUUUUCUACAAUUUCGAAUCGACUUGGAAGAGGAGAAAAUUCACUUAGUUAAUGCGGCAAACAUCGAUCUCUUGAAGCUACCUGCUCAAAUCCCAACCGAUCAUGCCCGGUAUCAUCUAUAUCUCUUCAAACAUCUACACGAGGGAAACCAUCUAGAUAGCAUGGUGUUUAUUUAUUCUAUGCCAGGUUAUAGCUGCUCGAUUCGUGAGCGAAUGAUGUACUCGAGUUGUAAAGGGCCGUUUUCUGCCACUAUCGAGAAACAUGACAUCGAAAUAGCUAAAAAGUUGGAAAUCGACAGCGGUACGGAGCUUACAGAAGAAUUUUUGUAUGAGGAAUUACACCCAAGAAAGCUUAAUCUACGCCCUCAGUUCUCGAAGCCUAAGGGCCCGCCAAGUCGAGGUGCUAAAAGACUGACCAAGCCACAAGCAGUCGAAUAAAUGGCCAGCCGGUAUUUGAUUUUUCCGGGCCGUCCAAAUGGAUGAUAAGUGCAAGUUUUUACAGCAAUUACAUUUUUUGUGGAGAAAUGUCACCAAUUAAAUUAUUUGACAUGCUUGAAUAGCUGAAUACGUGUCGAUACCGACAGAUGAAAGUUAUUUUAGGGGUGCCUGGUUUAAAAUAUAGGUCUCAACCAGUGUCUAUAAAGGUUCGUUUUAUGUGCUACACUUCAAACGAGGAGUUUAACGCCCUUUUUUAAUGCAAUUCUACGAUUGUUUAUCGCUCAAAUUCAAAAGCCUAAGUUGACAGUAUUUGUUUUCGAUCUCUAUUAACACACCUUUGAUUAACAUCAAAUCCUGGAAGCAGUGCGUUGGUCGGUUAUGUUUCCCUAUUACUAUUAUAAACCUAUGUAUUUCACAUCUUACCCAAUAUUCAAUGAGAUUAUGAGGCUGAUAAGCAAUGGACACAAUUGUAAGCGACCCCAACGGUUCUACAACACUCAGAAAGAUCAGAUGAGUAAGGGUCGGAAAUCUAAAGCAUUUCAACGGACACUACUUGUGGAUCACUAGAGGUUAUCGCAUUGACUAACAUCGUACAGCCUAAUAUACAUAAUAGAACACAAGUUCUAUAUGAUCACGCUACCUCACUGAAGUUUUGGUGGAGGAGCUGAUCAAACAUAAAAGAUUUUAAUUGAGUAGCAAUUUAAAAAAAUUUAAAUAUGCCUGUAGUGAUAUAAUAUUGGCAUAGAAAUCGACAAAAAAAAAACAAAAUGAGAAUAAAUAAUAUAUCUUGUAAUAUUCUUUAUACAUCAAAGAAUAAAAGUGCUAUUUAUUAAAGUAAA